GGCCAGCAGCGAGAGAACAGCCACAGAAGGAAAGCGGGAAAGAGUCGGGAAGACCGACCAGGCAGCAAUUACGCUUUGGGGAUAAAACGAGGUGCGGAGAGCGGGCUGGGGCAUUUCUCCCCGAGAUGGCGGGUCUGACAGCGGCAGCCCUGCGGCCUGGAGUCCUGCUGCUCCUGCUGUCCAUCCUCCACCCCUCUCGGCCUGGAGGGGUCCCAGGGGCUGUUCCUGGCGGAGUUCCCGGUGGAGUCUAUUAUCCAGGGGCUGGUCUCGGAGGCCUGGGAGGAGGAGCACUGGGGCCUGGAGGCAAACCACUCAAGCCAGGUGUUGGAGGGCUCGCAGGUGGUGGCCUUGCAGCAGGACUCGGAACCUUCCCUGCCGGCACCUUCCCAGGGGCUCUGGUGCCCGGAGGAGCAGCUGGCGCUGCUGCAGCAUAUAAAGCUGCCAAAGCUGGUGCUGGGCUUGGGGGUAUUGCCGGAGUCGGUGGGGUCGGUGGCAUUGGUGGUGUUGGUGGCUUAGGAGUAUCUACAGGUGCCGUGGUGCCUCAGCCUGGAGCCGGGGUAGGAGUCGGAGCCGGAGCAAAACCUGGGAAAGUGCCCGGUGUGGGGCUUCCAGGUGUAUACCCAGGUGGCGUGCUCCCAGGCACAGGAGCUCGGUUCCCAGGUGUAGGGGUGCUCCCUGGGGUCCCCACUGGAACAGGAGUGAAGCCCAAGACCCCAGGUGGAGGCGGAGCUUUUGCCGGAAUCCCAGGGGUUGGACCAUUCGGGGGCCAGCAGCCUGGAGUCCCCUUGGGUUACCCCAUUAAGGCACCCAAGCUGCCAGGUGGCUAUGGACUGCCCUACACUACUGGGAAACUGCCCUAUGGCUAUGGGCCUGGAGGAGUGGCUGGUGCGGGAGCCAAGGCCGGCUACCCAACAGGGACAGGUGUUGGUGCCCAGGCUGCAGCAGCAGCAGCUAAAGCAGCAAAGUACGGUGCUGGAGGAGCUGGAGUCCUCCCUGGUGUUGGAGGGGCUGGCAUUCCUGGUGGGGCCGGUGCAAUUCCCGGGAUUGGAGGCAUUGCAGGAGCUGGGACUCCAGCUGCAGCUGCAGCUGCAGCUGCAGCUGCAAAGGCAGCAGCUAAGGCAGCCAAGUAUGGAGCUCCUGGAGGCUUAGUGCCUGGUGGGCCAGGCUUUGUCCCAGGAGCUGGUAUCCCAGGAGUUGGUGUCCCAGGAGCUGGCAUCCCAGGAGUUGGUGUCCCAGGAGCUGGCAUCCCAGGAGUUGGUGUCCCAGGAGCUGGCAUCCCAGGAGUUGGUGUCCCAGGUGCUGGGGUUCCAGGAGUUGGGGUUGUGUCACCAGCUGCAGCUGCCAAAGCAGCCAAAUAUGGAGUGGGAGUUGGAGGCCUUCCCACUUAUGGGGUUGGUGUCGGGGGGCUUCCUGGCUAUGGUGUUGGAGGUGUCCCCGGAGUUGGAGGUGUCCCUGGAGUCGGAGGUGUCCCCGGAGCUGGCCUUACCCCUGAAGCCCAGGCUGCAGCUGCUGCCAAAGCUGCCAAGUACGGUGCUGCAGGGGCAGCAGCCCUGGGAGGGCUGGUGCCAGGUGCAGUCCCAGGUGUGCCAGGUGCAGUCCCAGGUGUGCCAGGUGCAGUUCCAGGUGUGCCGGGCACAGGAGGAGUACCAGGAGCAGGGACCCCAGCAGCUGCAGCUGCCAAAGCUGCUGCCAAAGCUGCCCAGUUUGGGUUAGGGCCUGGUGUUGGUGUGGGUCCUGGUGUCGGCGUGGGUCCAGGUGUGGUUCCCGGCAUUGGCUUCGGUCCUGGCGGUGUUGCAGGAGUAGGGACCCCAGCUGCAGCCAAAUCUGCUGCUAAGGCCGCCGCCAAAGCCCAGCUCCGGGCCGCAGCUGGGCUUGAUGCUGGUGUUCCAGGAUUUGGAAUAGGUGCUGGUGUUCCGGGAUUUGGAGCUGGCGCUGGUGUUCCCGGCUUUGGGGCAGGUGCAGUACCUGGCUCCCUGGCCGCAGCUAAGGCAGCCAAAUAUGGAGCAGGAGUCCCCGGGGCUCUUGCUGGAGCAGGUGUUCCAGGUGGUGUGGCAGGAGCUGGACCUGCUGCUGCUGCUGCUGCUGCUGCUGCCAAAGCUGCUGCCAAAGCUGCCCAGUUUGGCCUGGGGGGAGUCGGUGGGCUCGGAGCUGGAGGACUGGGAGUCGGGGGACUUGGUGUGGUUCCUGGUGCUGGGGCCUUUGGAGGUGUUUCCCCAGCUGCAGCUGCUAAAGCAGCCAAAUAUGGUGCUGCUGGCCUUGGAGGUGUCCUAGGAGCUGCCAGGCAGUUCCCAGUUGGAGGAGUGGCAGCAAGACCUGGCUUUGGACUGUCUCCCAUUUUCCCAGGUGGCGGUGCCGGGGGCCUGGGAGUUGGUGGAAAACCCCCCAAGCCCUAUGGUGGGGCCCUAGGAGCCCUGGGAUACCAAGGUGGGGCCUGCCUGGGGAAGUCCUGUGGCCGGAAGAGAAAGUGAGCUUCCCCCGACCCCUGACUUGCGACCUCAUCAACUUUGGUGCUACUGCUUGGUGGAGAAUGUAAACCCUUUGUCACCCCACCCCAUGGCCCCCCAAUCCCCACCCCAGGAAGGAACGGGCAGGCCGGGCGGCCAUGGAAAUCCACAGGACAAGGAAACAAGAGAACAGUGGCCAAGGGCCCUGACUGGGAAACCCCCCACUUCAGAGGUGGGGGGUGGGCCUGGCCCCCUGUCCUGUCCCUUCCCCAUCCCACCCAGGAGCUCCCCCUCAACACACAGCCUCCAUCUCCAGGGGAACUUGGUGCUACAUGCCGGUGCUCCCAUCCUCCUGGGGGAGGGAGGAGGGUAGGGCAGCCCCUUGGGGAACCCCCUCCCUGGGGCUCCUUUGAAGAUGGUGCAGACACUUCUUGGGCAGUCCACUUCCCCCUGCCCACCAGGACCCACCCUUGCCUGGCUGCGGUCCAGUUGGUACCCAAGCACCUUAAGCCUCAAAGCUGGAUUCGGUCACAUCAUCCCUCCUCUUAAUGGUUCACCUCAUCCUCCCUCCCCAACUAAUUGCUGUUCCCUACAUCUGGGGCACCUUCAGGUGGGAAAACCACCCCCUGCUGGAAGUAACCCCCUUGCUCUUGUGGAGUCCGUCCACCCAUCCGCCCAUUCACCCAUCUGCCCAUCCGUCCAUCUGUCCAUCCAUCCAUCCUUGUCCCCAUUUGACUGCCCGUCACCACUAGCUGGCUGGGCACACCCGCCAUCAACCCCUCCAACCACUUCCCUCACUCUCGCCCAGGGUGUGCAGGGCUGUGGAGGGGGGCAGGCAUCUCUCCCUACCCGGGGUCUCCCCACACGCAGUACUGUAUCCCCAUCCCUCCCUCAAGCCACUGUCCUUCAGAGUGGCUCCAUCCCUGCCCCGCCAUCUCUUUGUGUCUCGCUGUGAUAGAUCAAUAAAUAUUUUAUUUUUUGUCCUGGA